GAAAAGUUUAUGCCUUCUUCGUAGAUUUUAAAGCGGCGUUUGACAAUAUAUCCAGGCAAGCACUAAUCUACAAACUCUUUCAGUUGGGUGUGUCCCACAAAAUGGUAUCUAUGAUAGAAUCAAUCUAUAAUAAAACGCAAUCGGCAGCUUGGGACGGUUAUGAAUUAUCUGAAUACUUUGAUACUACUAAAGGAGUGAAACAAGGAUGCUUACUGUCACCAUUACUAUUCUCUCUUUAUAUCAAUGACCUGUAUGAAUACCUUGAAGGCGGAAUUUUUGUCGAAAAUUUGAACCUACGGCUCCUACUAUACGCUGAUGACAUUGUGUUGCUAGCAGACGACGUCCAUGUAUUACAGAAUAUGAUACACAACCUAGAAAUAUACUGUAAUACCUGGAACCUGGAAGUGAACCUAUCAAAAUCGGAAAUUAUGGUUUUCAGGAAUGGAGGCAGACUAGCCAAACACGAAAAAUGGAAAUUUAAUGGAAACGUAAUUAAAAUUACAAAUGAAUAUAAAUAUUUAGGGGUAAUAUUCACACCAAAGAUGACAUUUACUAAACAUAUCCAAAAUCGGAACAACCAAGCAAAAAUUGCAAUAAACGCAACAUGGAAAAACUUUGUAGGCAGAACAGACAUAAAUAUGAACGCAAAAUGGAAAUUGUUUUUAGCGGUUUGCAGAUCCAUUCAAACCUACGCUGCCCAAGUUUGGGGGUUCUGUCAUUUCGAAGAAGUUGACUCCUUGCAACGUUAUUUCUUAAAAAGGAUUUUAAAACUACCAGUUUGUACUCCAAACUACGUACUCAUGCUAGAAACGGAGGUAGAGGAUACACAUAUAUAUACCCUGGGACUGCACUUAAAAUAUAUAGGAAAAACUCUGUUUCAGCAUUCGGGCGCUAGAUUGCCAAACCAGCUAUCCAAUAUUGCAUUACGCAGAAAUGUCUUCUGGGUAAAAGAACUGAAAUCCUUAGCUGCAAGUAUGGAUAUUCAAUGGCCUGAAGCAUUUCCUUCAUCAAGCCUAUGGAUUCACAGAAAAACGGAAAGCCAACAAAGAAUAUAUAAAUACCUGGACCCGAACAAAGCCUAUCUCUAUCUUAAUGAGCGAUACACAUCAGAAAAUAUUACUUGGAUAUUUAAAGCUCGCAGUGGAAUGAUAUCCCUGGGUUACAAUAACUUUGAAGAGAAUGAGUCGGAAAAAAUGUGUAAGCUUUGCAACCUAAGAGAAACAGAAACUUUGGACCAUUUCCUUGGAAUUUGUCCGGUUCUAAGAGAAUUUAGAUUGGCCGCCUUUAGUAAAGCAUCAUUGAGCUUCGUAGAAGUACUCCAUAUACUAGACGGAAUUGAAGUGGGAAAUUGGGAUAAGCUAACAACUUAUUUACGAAUGGCUUAUAAUUAUCGGCAACUUUUAUUAAAUGAAUAUCAUUAAUUAAAAUUUAAAGUUUAUGCGACAGACGUUAUACACAUAGUCGCUAAUAAAUAUUACUUCUUUCUAAGAAUAAAUGUACAUAUUUAGAAAAUUAAUUUUAAGUAACAUAUCUGCUAUGAAUCAAAGAUUUUAUUCGAAUAAAGAAGUCCU